AUGAUAAAAAGAUGGCUAUCUGUGAAUAGGAAAAAGUCACAGUCAGAAAAAAAUACGCAGAGCAAUGACGAAGUUAGUCGGGAAGCAAUUAGUUUGAGAGAGACCAGAAACUCUAGAGCUCCAUCCAUAGGGAAACCAUCCAGUACUAAAAGUAGCACGUCAAGUCUACCUUCUAAUCUCAAAAGCCAUGAAAGAAGAAGCAGAAACAGCAGUCAAACGGAUAACCUCGCAGAGCACAAACAACAUCACCACCAUAACUAUAGUAAGGCAAACACUGCAGAUAUAGAAGAACACGAUUCUCUCGGCACAUAUGAAGAUCGAGCGUUGAAUACAGAGUCAUCUAUUCUUUUUACUACCAUUUCGGAUUUGAUGCCUUAUGGAGACGGUUCCAACAAGGUAUUUGGAUAUGAAAAUUUUGGAAAUACUUGUUAUUGCAACUCUGUCUUACAAUGCCUUUAUAAUAUUCCGGAAUUUAGGUGCAAUAUUUUACAGUAUCCAGAAAAACCUGCAACAAAUAGAAUACGCAAAAGCGACUUGAAAGGUUCAAAAGCAAGGAUAUUUACUAAUGAAAGUUUUGAAACGUCUGUAAAUGGGGGGAAUACAAAGUGCGAAAGUAAUGAUAAUGAAGAUACAUGCAACAAUCACCACCCUGUGCAAAGCGAUCAAGAUAACUCAUCUUCUUCCACUCAGGAAAAACAGAAUAAUUUUGAAAAGAAAAGGAAUUCAUUCAUGAGUUUUGGCAAGAGUAAAUCAAGCAAUAAAGAUUUCACAAAGAAAGAUGAUAACAAUGAUAUGGAACGACUUCAGCCUGUUCAUACAGUGGUUAUGGCUUCUGACACAUUAACAGAAAAGCUUCACGAAGGUUGUAAAAAAAUUCUUGUUGGAAGAUCACUCGUAAAGGAGGGCGAUUCCUUUUCAAAAGCUUCUGCUAUAAACUGCCAAGCAAACUCUCCUCGUCAAAUAAACAUAUCAGGCGGUAAAACUGAAUUAGCAGGUGAUGAUGAUAAAGAUAACUCUGAGAGCUGUAAUAAUAUUGUCAUAGAUUCCAAUUAUAAUAAAGAAAACGCGUUUCCAACUAGUGAGCAAAGAAAAAAGGCCGCUCUAAUUAGGGGCCCUAUUCUUAACCUUGAUCAUUUACUUUACCCAACUGAGGAAGCUACACUCUAUAAUGGACUAAAGGAUAUAUUUGAAUCUAUAACCGAAAACUUGUCACUAACAGGGAUUGUUUCACCCACAGAGUUCGUCAAGAUCUUGAAGAAAGAGAAUGUUCUGUUCAAUACUAUGAUGCAACAAGAUGCUCAUGAGUUCUUAAAUUUUUUGUUAAACGAUUUUAGUGAAUAUAUUGAAUGCCAUGAUCCGAGAGUGAACUUCGGACCUCAAAAGAAUAUUAACAACAUCAGUAACAACUUUAUAACGGAUUUAUUCAAAGGUACACUAACAAAUAGGAUCAAAUGUUUAACUUGUGAUAAUAUCACCUCAAGAGACGAGCCAUUCUUAGAUUUUCCUAUAGAGGUGCAAGGCGAUGACGAUACAGAUAUCCAGAGGAUCUUGAAAAGCUAUCAUCAACGUGAGAUGUUGAAUGGGAUUAACAAAUUUUACUGCAACAAAUGUUAUGGUUUACAAGAGGCGGAGCGUAUAGUCGGCUUGAAACAACUCCCUUAUAUUUUGUCACUGCAUUUGAAAAGAUUCAAGUAUUCAGAAGAGCAGAAGUCAAACAUCAAACUUUUCAACAAGAUACUUUAUCCAUUGACUUUAGAUGUUUCUUCCACCUUUGACACAUCAGUAUCCAAAAAAUAUGAACUGAGUGGCGUCGUUAUUCAUAUGGGAAGCGGUCCACAACAUGGCCAUUACGUAUGCAUUUGCAAGAAUGAGAAGUUUGGGUGGCUUUUGUAUGAUGAUGAGACAGUAGAAUCCAUAAGAGAAGAAACUGUAUUACAGUUCACUGGCCAUCCAGGUGACCAAACAACAGCUUAUGUUUUAUUCUAUAAAGAAUCUCAGGUUAAUAAUAGAACUGAGAAAAUAGACGCUUCAAAUCAAUGCCAAAGAAACGCUGAUAACAACAUUGAACAAUUAAUCAAAUGCGACGAUUGGUUAAGAAAUCGUACAUUGAAGGCGGCAGGGAAUAUUGAACGUAAAAUAACCUUAAGGGAUAUACCUGAAACAAAGGCCACAGAAACCAAGAAAAUUGCAAAUGAUAAAAGACACGGUAAACAAAAAAGAAAAUCGAGAAUAUUGAGUUUCAUCAAAUGA